AUGGACAUUCCUGCUAUCCAACCUGACGCAUCCUUGCUUCUCGCAUGGCAACUCAAGAACAAGAAUGUGCUGAUCGUCGGUGGCGGGACCGUCGCAUCUGGCCGACUCGAUGCCGUACUUGAGGCCUCGGCGCGUGUUACGCUUGUCUCCCCCCGCCAAGGACUCGACCGGAUAACCGCAUACCGAAUAUUCGAAGACGUGCCAGACGUCAGGUCACGCAUAUCAUACAUCGACCGCGAGUUCACGCUCGACACGGACGUCUCGCUCGUCGAAAGCGCCGACUUGGUCCUGACGGCGAUAGAUGACGUCGAUUUGAGCAAACAGAUCUGUGCCCUUGCCCGCGCUCGCAAGGUCCCUGUCAACGUCGCUGAUGUUCCACCCGAGUGCGAUUUCUAUUUUGGUUCGCAGAUUAGGGAUGGCCCGUUGCAGAUUAUGAUUUCAACCGGUGGUGCCGCGCCCAAAUUGUCGAAUCUUAUUCGAAAGCGGGUGGAGGAGGCGCUUCCUCCUCCCCCAUUUCUCGGGGACGCUAUUCGCCGAGUGGGUAUACUCAGAGCUAGGCUUAGGAAACGUGCACCUGGAGUCGGUGGGGCCUUGGGCAAGAGGCGAAUGAGGUGGAUGAUUAAAGUGUGCGAAACCUGGUCUUUUGAACAGCUUGCACAAUUGGACGAUGAGAGGAUUGAAAAGCUGCUUGAAGCGGGCUGGGAUAAGGGAUUAACCGUACCUUCGUACGAGGAACUUGGCGGCACAGUGCCUACUGUCAGUUGGGUAGAGCGGAUUCCUUCAGGCACACUCCCCGUAGCUGCAGGGUUUAUUGCCGGUGCCCUCUUCACCAGCGCGCUCGUGCUCUUGCGGCGAAAGUAA